AUGGCGGACAACGAGCCUAGAGAAGAGACACCGAUUACAUUCCAAGUUAAAUCAUCCAAUGAUGCGAAAUACACGCUGACGCUACCACCGUCAACGACAAUCGAGGAUCUGAAAGCCAAACUUGCAGCCCCAGAAUACGCAGAUGUCCCCCCUGGUCGCCAGCGACUGAUCUACUCCGGACGAGUCCUGAAAGACCACGAUACUCUAGCAACUCACAAAGUUAAGGAUAGCCAUACAAUACACCUGGUUAAGAGUGCCGCCAGCAAUCAGCCCGCUCCUCAAGCUUCCCAAAGUGCGAGCACAACAACUGGACGAUCAACACCUCAAGCGCCACCACCUGGUAUUCCUACAAAUAUCGCCGCUGGGACUGGAAAUAAUCCCUUAAUGGGUCUCACCGGAGCUAGAUAUGCCGGCUAUCUUCAGCUUCCCGGAGCAGGGAUGUUUGGACCCGAUGGUGGGAUGGGGCCUCCUCCUAGUUCCGAGCAAUUGAUAAACAUGUUGGAUAACCCACAAUUCCAAUCAAUGAUGAACGAGGCUCUCCAAAAUCCACAACUUCUUGAUAUGAUGGUCCAACAAAAUCCUAUGCUGCGGGAUAUGGGGCCAGGUGUUCGACAGAUGAUGCAAACUCCUGAGUUUCGAAGAAUGUUGACAGAUCCUGCCAUGCUUCGUCAAAUGGCUCAAAUGCAAAGUCGACUGGGCUUGAAUCCAUUGGGAGGAAGCCCGGCUUUUCCGGCUCCCGGUGUCACCAAUACAACGACAGAGGAGCAUCGCCAGCAAGACGAGGCACAGCCUGGGAGUACUACUGAUUCUGCAGGAAACGCUUCUGACCCGUUUGGCGCUUUUAGGUUUCCGCCCACACAAGGGGUUGCCCCGAACCCUUUUGCUGCACUAUUUGGCAACCCGGCCCUCGGUAGCGCUGUAGCUGGUAAUGCGGGGAACUCAACUUCACGGGAAGCACCUACAACAGGUGCUGAUGCCCCAACUGGAACUACCGAGAACCCUCCGACGAACCAAACUCCGCAAAACCCAUUUGCUGCGCUAUUUAACCCUGCUUUAUUUGGCCCUCCUGGUGGCCAAACUGAGGGCCAGCAAGGCCAAAAUCCAUAUGCCGCUCUUAUGAAUAAUCCGCUUUUGCAAGAUCCUGCACUAUUUAAUCAAAUGAUGCAGAAUUUUGGGGGAGGCCAAGGUGCCUCAACAAAUACCGACCCUGGUACCAAUCCACUGGCUGCGCUUUUCCCUGGCUUAAUGCCGCAAACCAACUCUGCCUCGCAGGAUACCCGCCCUCCAGAAGAAAGGUAUGCCGAACAACUUCGCCAGUUGAAUGAGAUGGGGUUUUUUGAGUUUGAUAGGAACAUUGAAGCACUGAGAAGAGCAGGUGGCAACGUGCAGGGUGCGAUAGAAUAUUUACUAAAUAAUUCAUAA